UUGACUGUCGAUAUUACGUAGAAAUCCAAGAUGGCGUCGCAGUAUUAUCAAGAGAUGCAGGAGAGCUUCAAGAAUAACAACAAAAGUCGUGAAUUCCCGGCUCACACAGCCAAAGUUCACUCGGUGGCGUGGAGCUGUGAUGGCAGGAGGCUCGCUUCGGGCUCUUUUGAUAAAACAGCCAGCGUUUUUGUUCUGGAAAAGGACCGUUUGGUGAAAGAGAACAACUACAGAGGUCACAGUGACAGUGUUGAUCAGCUCUGCUGGCAUCCAACAAACCCAGAUCUGUUCGUCACAGCUUCUGGAGACAAGACCAUUCGGAUAUGGGACGUCCGCACCACCAAAUGCAUCGCCACCGUCGUCACAAAAGGUGAAAACAUCAACAUCUGCUGGAGCCCGGACGGUCAAACCAUCGCUGUAGGAAACAAAGAUGAUGUGGUGACCUUCAUAGAUGCAAAGACGCACCGCUCCAAAGCAGAGGAGCAGUUCAAGUUCGAAGUGAACGAGAUCUCUUGGAACAACGACAACGACAUGUUCUUCCUCACAAACGGCAACGGUUGCAUCAACAUUCUGAGCAUCGUGGUUCCGAAGGAAAACUCAUCCAGUUACCCAGAGCUGAAGCCCAUCCAGUCCAUCAAUGCUCACCCGUCUAACUGCAUCUGCAUCAAGUUCGACCCCACGGGGAAAUACUUCGCAACAGGAAGUGCAGACGCUCUGGUGUCUCUGUGGGACGUGGAUGAACUGGUGUGCGUUCGCUGCUUCUCCAGGUUGGACUGGCCAGUGAGGACUCUGAGUUUCAGCCAUGAUGGAAAGAUGUUAGCUUCAGCCUCUGAGGAUCACUUCAUCGACAUCGCUGAGGUGGAGACGGGAGAGAAGCUGUGGGAGGUCCAGUGUGAUUCUCCGACCUUCACCGUCGCCUGGCACCCCAAGAGGCCGCUGCUCGCCUACGCCUGCGACGACAAGGAGGGCAAAUAUGACAACAACCGUGAGGCGGGCACCGUCAAACUGUUCGGCCUCCCUAAUGACUCCUGAGAAGGAUCAUCAUCUUGGGCCUCUGGUGUAGCUAGGGAGCGUAUAUUCUUCUGAUGCAGUCUUGUUGUGCUUAAAUAAAAAAAUAAAAUAAAGGAAGCAUUGUAAGGAAACCAAAACAUCCCAAGGAAUCUUUGCAUUGAAGCUGCAGCCAGUAAAGCAGCUGUGACCUUCAACCACCAGCAGAGGGCGCAGUUCUUCUAACUUUGCCUUCAACAGCUGAUUUCAUUCCCCGUUUUUAUACACACAUAAAAAACCCCAUCGCUGUAAUAUAUUGUUUUUGUAACAUAUGCAUUGUUUUUUAUAUUAAAAUUGGU